ACUGUGGGGUCACCCAUAAAGGAAGCUCAAGUCUGCCUUCGUUGUUCUUGCUUUCUGGAAAUUCUGGUGGAUUCAGAUAUAAAAUGAACGGGACUUUAUUUAAUCAGACACUAGUGGAAGAAGGGGUGUAUUCUAACCGGUCCCAAGACCUGAGCACUUUGAUUGGCUGCUGCAAUGGGACGGGGACAGUGGUGGCCAGCGACGGAGGUGCGUCGGUCCUGCUCCCGGACGAGAGGAACCUCUUCAUCACCCGAGUGGUCCAGAUCGCAGUCCUUUGUGUCCUCUCGUUGACUGUGGUCUUUGGGGUCUUCUUUUUGGGUUGCAAUCUGCUCAUCAAAUCGGAGAGCAUGAUCAACUUUUUGGUCAAAGACCGCCGGCCGUCCAAGGACGUUGGCAUCGCAAUCAUGGGGCUGUACUAAGACCGUAGCCUGGAUCACUUCUCUGUUGGGUGG